UCGAUACCACUCUUCUUCUUUACUUUUCCAAUUGCCUUGGAUUUUCUUGUGGAUAUUUAUAAGUAAUAUUAAAUUAAAACCAUGUCACUACUGCAAAAGCUAAGUAGAUCUGGGAUCCAGGUGGGUUCUUUAACCUACCGACACCGAUUGCCAGUGGCCAUGAGAUUAAUCAGUGGUGAAACUGAAAAACCGGUGGAGACAGCUACUCCCGCAGAGAAUACAGCGGAGAUUAGCAGCAACAAAGGAGGAUUUGCUCGCGCAUUCGACAAGUACACAGCUCCUGCUGCGCCUCUGGAGAUCCCUGAAGACAACCAGACCUUUGCCUCUCUGCUUCGCAAUUCGAAGUUAAUAGAUCUGGGGAACGCCGAAGGGAAAGUGGUCAGCGGCAAGAUCUUUCAUGUGGUGGGCGAUGAUUUGUACAUAGACUUUGGCUGGAAGUUCCACUGCGUCUGCAGUCGUCCAUCGCGCAAUGCCAGUGACUACGUUCGAGGAGCCCGCGUUCGUCUGCGCAUUAAGGAUUUGGAACUGUCUACUAAGUUCUUGGGUUCCUCCAAGGAUAUAACCAUCCUGGAAGCAGAUUGCCAGCUAUUAGGCUUGCUGUCCACUCCCACCCGCCAGUCGACGGCGCCGAAAUCAACAAUUCCCAAAAUCGAAGAUAUCUUAUAAAACCUUUAUUAAAACAAGUUUUGUUAAAUGUUA